CUGUCAGUCACUGUGGGACACACACACACACACACACACACUCACUCACACACUGUCUCUGCUGCUGCUCUGACCCGACUCCGUCCUUCCAUCUGGUUUCCCUCCACACUCAUCUCAGAGACAUGUUGCGCUGCCUCGGACUCGUCCUGCUCCUCUGCUGUGGGACAUUUCACCUGGCGUCUGCACUUCGUUGCUACAAGUGCUCGGAUUAUACCGGACGCUGUCAGAACGUCCAGGAGUGCACGUAUGAGGACUCCUGUAUAUCUCUGAGUGAAAGAGGUGGGAAGACCAUCCGUCAGUGCAUCCGCUACACGGACUGCGAUAACUCGCGUCUCACCCAGAUGUUUCCCGCCAUCUCCGGCUUCACGUACCGCUGCUGCAGCAGCAACCUGUGCAACUCCAGCAGCGCCGUCGCCAUAGCGACGCCGGUCCUGGCACUGCUGGGCUCCCUGCUGACUGUUCUGUGGUGUUGGGUGUGAAGUUUUUUGGAUCCUUACUGACAUUUUUAUUAUUAUUGUUAUGUUUAUUUUUUUAAAGUUAACAUGA